AUGCGUGCCUUCAUUGUAUUAGCUUUGUUCGCCGUAGCGCGUGCUGAUGUUGGUGGCUACAACUACCCAUCUGCAGGCGGUUCCCUUGGCGGUUUGGGUGGCUCCCACGGCAGCGAUGGCGCUGCGCACUUGAGUGCACCCAUUGGCGGUCAUGGUGCUGGACCCGUGAGCAGUGGCGGUAUUGGUGAUUUCGGUAGCCCACUCAGUGCGCCUGUUGAUGCCGGUCACGCAGCACCAGCUCCGGCUGCACCUGAAUUCCAGAAGGAAUUCUUCACCUACACCGCACCAGAAGCUGACUUCGAUGAUGAUAAGUCUCUGGGUGAUUUGUCUGGCUCGUUGAAGAAGAACUUGCGUGUCGUCUUCAUUAAGGGACCCGAAAACAAUGGACUCUCAGAUGCUGCCCUCCAACUGGCUAAACACGCCGGUGAAGAGAGAACCGCCAUUUAUGUGUUGCAGAAACAAAACGACAUCUCUGGCUUGGCUCAGCAAUUGCAGAACCUCAACAGACAGAACACCAACAAACCCGAAGUGCACUUCGUUAAAUACCGCACACCCGAAGAUGCGGCUCACGCUCAACAUGCCAUCCAACAGCAAUACGACGAUUUGGGUGGAAAGUCCGUGUCGCAUGACGGUGGCUUGGCCCCAGUGCAUAACUAUGCUUCCCCAGCUGCACCUGCUGCACCCGUCGCUCCCUCCAACUCAUACAUUCCUCCCGCAGCACCCGUAGCCAAUGCUGCUCCAGUCGCUCCAGUUGCGCCAUCGAACUCGUACAUUCCACCUGCAGCACCAGCCAACACCUACAUUCCUCCCGCCAGCCAGCCACAGGCACCAAGCAACGCCUACUUGCCAAUCCUGAAGUUCUAAGGUGAUUGUUGACGUAAGCGACUUUUUGAGUUAUGGUCGUACAAAGUAACAGACAAA